GUCCGGGGGCCUCGGACCAGGCACUGCUGCGGACGGCCUGGGGGCCUCGGGUGAUGGGGCCGGAAAUGGCGCGCUCGGCCUUACCCUUUCCUUCGCGGCGGGCGCCAGUUUGAGCGGCGCCGUCCGCUCUGAGGGUUCGUGGCCAACGGCUUCUCCCCGGACCUCAUCGGCCGCCGACCCCUCUCUGCGGUCGAGAAAAGAUGGUAGGCCGGAACAGCGCCAUCGCCGCCGGCGUGUGCGGGGCCCUCUUCAUCGGGUACUGCAUUUAUUUCGACCGCAAGAGACGGAGUGACCCCAACUUCAAGAACAGGCUGCGAGAACGAAGAAAGAAACAAAAGCUUGCCAAGGAGAGAGCUGGCCUUUCCAAGUUACCUGACCUGAAAGAUGCUGAAGCUGUUCAGAAAUUCUUCCUUGAAGAAAUACAGCUUGGUGAAGAGUUACUAGCCCAAGGUGAAUAUGAGAAGGGUGUAGACCACCUGACCAACGCAAUCGCGGUGUGUGGCCAGCCCCAGCAGUUACUGCAAGUGUUGCAGCAAACUCUGCCGCCGCCGGUGUUCCAGAUGCUUCUGACUAAGCUCCCAACAAUUAGUCAGAGAAUUGUAAGUGCCCAGAGCUUGGCCGAAGAUGAUGUGGAAUGAGAAACAAAUGUCAGCAUAACAAUCUCAAUUAAAAAUGUUUUUAAAAUCUUAUUUUGGAAGAUGAGCAGCUCUGGGGGAAUAAGGGCACUGUACUUGGUAUGGACUGUCCUACACUAAAUCUACCAAAGUUAAUUUUUACUUUGUGUAGAUCUCAUUUGUCUUUUAUUUAUUUUUCCCAGUGAAGAGUGUAUUUUGAUAGAGAGCUUUUCAUUUUAUAAAUACACUAUGAGUUACUGAAAUAUCAUGGAUUUUGUUCAUUCCUAAAAUGUGUAAUUGUACAUAUACUGUGUACAUCAGAAAUAUCCAGCGCUCAGUUUUGAAAGGCAAAAAAAAGAAAAGUAGGGGAAGGCUGAAGAAUGCACGUUUUUUUUAAACUAGCACAUUUUGCCGCACAUGAGAAAAUUGGAUGGAAACAUGAUUGUGUUUAUCAAAAUUGGGUAUUGAAAUCUUUGCUAUCAUUGCUUUGCAUUUGAUCUCUUACAUAUGUGAGAAGUGCCGCUGUGCUGCGUUAACACCUUCGCAACCCUGCGAUCAGUCUGGGAACGCUUUGUUCAAGUCAGUGGCUUGCUGUGCUCUGGAUGUUUAUCUCCUGGUGUUCUAGAUGCGUGUAGUUGCAGAUAGCACUGGGAUCUAGAUCUGUGCGUGCCCCUGAUGUGGCUGUUGAGCUUCUCCAGUGACUGAGGCCUGCCCUCUUUCCUCACUCAGGGGGUGAGGGAGUUGGUCUGCUGAUUCGGAGAAGCGUCCCUUUCAGCUCCCAAGUCAUUUGGUUGAGUUCCAGCGUCAGGAAAUCCAUCCUCCUUCUGAGGGGCAAUCAGGCCUUGCAUUUUUUUAUUUCUAAAUUUUGCAUGCUUGCCUGGCUUAGUAUUUCCAAAGAUAUUUUUUUAAGGUAUUAACAAUGUGUUGUUUUUCACUGGAAUCAUGUGGUUCUGUCCCUAUUCUUGUAAAUUAAUCUGAAACUUAAACUUUAAGGUAACUGAGAUGAUAAUGCUUGUAAAAAUAUUUCUUUGCUUUUAUCUUAAUGCAACUCUGUAAUCCUUUAACCUGAUUCAUCUGUCUUGUUACAUGACAAGAAUAAGGUAUAGCCUGUGGCUGGAGAAGUGGCAAAGACCGGAGGUAAUGGAACCUCUUCUUCGCAAGAUAGUGACAUUAUCUGCAAUCACAGAUUCACCAUCAGACCUGAGGAUAGGGGUCUUUGGCGCGAAUAAUGGGCUGUUGGACUGAAUAGCAUCUCUGCUGCUGUUCUGACGACCUCUGGAGAGAGCUUGGGCUUUGCGGGGGCUGUGGUGUAGUGCACAGAGUUUGGGGUGUGGUUUUAGUGUCUGUCUUUGGAGAGCCACCCCAGCCUUGGACAAGUCCUGCUGCAUCCCUGAACUUCGGUUAUUCUCAUCUAUACAAUUAGGACUAGGUGACUCACACAUUUAAUGACUCUUCCCCAGGUACUUAGCAGACUUGUGAUCCUGAACCUGUAAACAGUACUUUUUUGAUUACAGCUAGCAUGCUUUUUGGGGUGACCAGUACACACAUGCUGGUUAGUCACUUUUACUAAUAGGAUUCCCUAAUCCGCAGCAGGAUAGUGGUCAUUGGUCAGCGAGUGGAAACAGCCUUCUAUCCUGCACCCGCCCGAACAAGAGUGUUCAGAACAGUGGCCACCCAAGAGAAGAGAAGAAUGCGCGUGGGGCCAGAGGGAACACAGGUUGGGGGGCGCGGGGAGCGAGAGAGCAGGCCCGGAAACCUUGGGGACUGGCUGGCGGGAGGGCAGGGGCGCUCCUUGGGUUUGGGAGGGUGUGAAGACUGGGCCCCGGAGAGUGGGAACGCCCCGCGUUCAGGCAAAGACGCGUUUUUUGAUGCAGGGCUUGCUGAGGAGGCGGUGGUGUCUUCAUUGUAGAGCUGACUCAGCCAAGUGCAUUUUCUCAUUUAAAGCUCUGGUGCUUUAAAAAUAGGUACCACUUCUGAAAGCCAGCUGUGUUAGGUUAAAAGAAAAAAAUUACCCCCUGGCACCUGAUUGCCAAACAGUUUCCUGGAACCAGGCAGUCAUGCUGUUGCUGGCCAAACGGUGCUCAGCCCCGGAUGGGAGCAGGGAGGUAACCGCUCGAGUGUUCCCACGCGCUCGUGUGGCACACUUAAAAUCUUUGGAAAUGGAAAUAGUAAGUGCAUAUUGGCAUGCCUUUUGGGGCAGAGAUCUAUUGUUUGGUUCCGUGAUUUAUACUUAAAGGGAAAGAGCAUUUAUACAGGCUUACCUAGUGGUAGCAGUGCUGUUCUAUUAACAGGUAACUAGGACUUUUGUUCACACUUAACAUGUAAAAUUUAGUACAGUGUGCAUAGUAGGCAAGCAGGCCAUCGAUUGGCCUUUCUGACCCUGUUGAAUCAAUCUGUGGACCACAGUGUGUUAAUGAAAUGUUAUUGCAGAAGAGAUUAUGAGAUAAUUGGUAUAUCAUGCAGGUAUCAUACAAAAUUUUCUUUCUAGUAACAUAAAUGCAGUUUUAUCAUUGCUUGUGCCUCAACUGUUUAAGUGACUAUUAAAGGGCUUGGAGAAAA